AUGAAUGCGUUUCCUACAGACAAGCUCGCCUUGCUUCUUCGACGAAUCCUGCAGUCACCAGAUACCUCUACUUGCGUCUUCUCCGACCAAGAACAGUCGCAACUCAUGGUCAUGGGUAACAUGUCAGCUCCCCAAGUGACUGUCCUUCUUGCUGGUGUGACGCGGAUAGUCUCGAGUGCAGCGUAUCACGACUGGGAUGACAAGCAGUUUGUCAGCGAGGUUUCGAGACUGGGGGUUUUGGAGGCUACAUCAUCGGCUCUGGGUGCAGUUUGGGGACAAGAAAAGUUGACGUAUCGAGAAGCACUGCUGCACAAGAGCACGAUGUCCGGGCAACUACCAAGCAUCACUGAUUCGCACUGGCGUAUGCAUGUUACGAUUGCCGAUUCAGUCUCAACAGGACAUGCGAUCCCUCACGCUUUGUUCCACCUGCACACUGUAAAGUCCCAUCUAUCGUCCUCGCCAUCUAACGACGACAACGAGAUUCAUAUGGAGAUGAACCACACCGACUUGUACGACUUUUUCAUUCAACUGGACGCGAUUCAAUCGGAAAUUGACGCGCUGGCCACUCCCCCUUAA